UGUAGCGCUCAUUUCGCAAACAUGGCGAGGUACUUACCGCAGACGUGAGAUCUUUUUACGCACGUGGAAGAUCUUGUUGUGGUAGCAAAAAUUAUUAUUUGUUUACGGUGCUUACAAAGUAUGGAGUACGUCUCCGAACAAGGAAGCACUGCUCAGCAGUGUAAAGUGCUUUGCUGUGAAUGCGGUGUCAGUAUUGACCCGAACCCGUCUAACAUGUGCGUUGCCUGUCUACGCACUACUGUCGACAUCACCGAGGGCAUUCCGAAGCAAGGCACGAUUUAUUUUUGUCGAGGCUGUGAGCGGUACUUGCAACCACCAGCACAGUGGGUACAUGCCACCCUAGAAUCGAGGGAGCUUCUCGGGCUGUGCUUGAAGAAGAUUAAAGGCCUCAACCGGGUCAGGCUUGUGGAUGCCGCGUUUGUGUGGACUGAACCGCAUUCGAGAAGAAUUAAGGUGAAGCUCACAGUCCAGAAGGAAGUAGCGGGCGGUACUAUUCUGCAGCAAGUGUUCGUUAUCGAGUUCAUGGUGAACCACCAAAUGUGCGACAAAUGCCAUCGCUUUGAGGCUAAAGACUUCUGGCGUGCCCUCGUUCAGGUCCGACAGAAGGUUCAACACAAGAAGACGUUUUUCUACCUAGAACAGCUUAUCCUGAAACAUGACGCCCACAGGGACUGCCUCAACAUAAAGGCCACCCACGAAGGACUCGACUUUUACUUUAGCAAGAAGGACGAGGCACGGAAGAUGGUAGAUUUUUUUCAGAGUGUCGUGCCGUGCAAGUACAUCACGUCGCAACAGCUCAUAUCCCACGAUAUCCACAGUAACGUCUUUAACUACAAGCACACGUUUUCUGUUGAGAUCGCGCCCGUGUGUAAAGACGAUAUCGUCUGCCUCCCGCCGACGCUCGCGCGAUCGCUCGGAAGCAUGAGCCAGAUUUGCAUCUGCCUCAGAGUGACGAGCAUAAUUCACCUGAUAGACCCCACUACCCUUCAGGUUGCGGAACUGACGUCUCUCCAUUUCUGGCGGCAACCGUUCCGAGGCCUGUGUACCCCUAAGCAGCUCACGGAGUACGUCGUAAUGGACAUUGCGUUUGUUAAAGACUCUGAGAGGGUCUUCUUUUCUGGACAGGGCAAAAUGUCGCAGAGGCACGUCCUCGCAGACGCCUGGGUAAUCCGUGCCUGCGAGCUGGGUAUGCACGAGAACUACAUACACACGAGGACUCACCUCGGGCACAUCCUGAAACCCGGAGAUUCGGCCAUGGGCUUUGACCUGGCUAAUGCUAACGUGAAUGACCCCCAUUUUGAAAAGCUGAAGCCGGGCAAGAUUCCCGAAGUUGUGCUCGUGAAGAAGGUCUACGGUGACCACAUGUCGCGCUGUCAGAGGAGGAGAUGGAAACUCAAGCGUCUGCAAGUAGAUAUGGAGACUGAAACGAGCAGCAUUGCCAGGGACUACACAGCUUUCCUGGAGGAGCUCGAAGAGGACCCCGCAUUCCGGCAAAACGUGAACAUCUACAAAGAUCACGACAAGGUAGCUGUCGACACGGACGACGACGACGGAGAUGCUCCCAGGAUCACGCUCCAAGAAAUGAUGGACGACUUGGCCAUUGAAGAUGAUCCUAUGGGUGAUGGGGAACCACUUGAAAGCGAAUAAGAGUAUUGUUUAAGAUGCUGUUCUAAUGUAUAAGCUGUUACAACAGAGAUGCUUGAUUGCG